AUGGGCAGUGUUGUCAAGGGACACCUUCAGGACAAUGUUGGGACAAAACAUAUUUUUUUAAAAUGUUGGUUAAAGGUAGGGACAGUGAGACAUGGGACACAGAGACAGUUAAAAAAGCUGGAGACAUGCAAAUUUGACAACACUGCUCAUUGGUCCUCUGGUUUGAACUCAAAGAUCUGGUCUUUAGGACUUGGAUCAAUUGGUCCAUUCUUGAAAAUUCGGUUAGGAUCAGAAGAACAAAAAAAUAUUAUUCAAUCAAAAAUCAAUACAAGUAAUAACCCUGGAAAAUUCUAUAACACUACACAUCAAGUCACCUUCAAACUUCUGUAUAGCUACCUUCCAUUUGAUCGUACACUUCUCACCUCGAUAUCUGAAGAUAUCCUAGACUUUGGAAUGCUAAAUGAAAACAAUUUGAUCCCCCAUUUUAAAACUCAACAAACUUACCAUAUAUUAUACACUUACAAGAAGAAAGAAACUGUCUAUUUUAAUAUAGAUGGAAAAUGUGCAUCAAGAAAACAAUUUCCACUUCAGAAUUCCUUUGUUCUUGCCACUCAUAAAGUGCAAGGUUUAACAUUACCUUAUGUAACUAUUGAUGAAUCCGUAUUUGCUGAAGCUAGUUGA